CUUUUUUAUUUUUAGGUCAGUGAAACCUGGAGUGAAUAAUUUUUCUGGAGUAAAUUAUUUAAGUUUAAACAUAAUUUCUUUAUUUUAUUUGCAUUCAUGGGGAUUUCACCAAGGUAGAUUUUUCUGCCAUUCCCUUGGCUUGCCUUGACCAUCGCAAAUCUCGUUACAUCCAAUUAGCCGAAUGCAUUUUUCUCCGUGUCUGCCUGUCUGAUGAGGUUACUGCAGAGGUAAUGCCGUUAUGAACAUCUGACUGGCGGGAUAUACAAGCUAACGAGCUGGAUGUGUUGUGAUUGAGAUGCUAUAUGCGAUGUGUGCUUGCUGUAUGAGCCACAUCUAAUAUCAUCAAGCGAAAACAGUCCAACGUCUCCCUGAGGUAAUGUGAACGAUUUUAUGCCAUGCUGGUAGGGCAUUACCUUCACGCUAGUGAAACGAACAAAAUGGUAUAUGAUUUUAUAAUGUCACAGUUAAGUGAAUUAAAGCCGGCAAAAAAUGAGGGCUUUCGGUAUUGCGGUAUUGGCCUGGUUAUUUUGUUUUCAGUGCAUCAGUGUUUGAAUUACGAUUUUUAUCUAAGACUAAAUUAUUAUGACUCAAUGGAAUAGCCUAUUUAUAAUGUUAAAAUGUAUAAAUGUUAAUACCCAGUAGGCUAUACCAUGCAUGUUCUUGAGGUUACCUUCAGGUUCCAUGACAACAGGUAUACUCAACUCAGUGAAGAAAUAUUUUGUAAUGGGAAAUUUACAAUUGCUAGCAAUUAACAGUUUAAGUAUCCGGUCAAUUACGCACGAGACAUGCAAAUUCGUCGCUCAUGAUACGCUAAUGAAACAGCUGUGGUCCACUGAAACAGGCUUCUGCAUAAUUAACCAUAUAAAGAUCAACUCAAAGACCUACGAAGUUACCUGGUACAGAUCUGUUACAUCUCUUAUGUCCACAUUAUAGACAUUCACUGAUGCGCAGUCAAAGCUUGAGGGGCUCUGCAUAUGCAUUAUUCGGUAUUUUUGAUAAAGAAUACAUUGUAGCCUACAUAGGAUAAAUCUCAAUAAAAUUUUUAAAUAAAAAUUAUAAAGACCAAUAUUUCGAUAUUAACUCUUGAACACAUAAUAUUUAGUAAUAGCAUCUGCUCACUCCUUAACAUGUGAACAGGUUGGAAUAUAUGGAUUAGCGAUAAACACGCGCAUUACUCAGACCACAGACUGAAUUUCACGACCAAUGGCAGCAUCUCGUAUAUACAGCAAGCCAAUCAGAUCACGUCGAAUACACUGCUCGUCGUGAUACAAAGCAGUUGCUUCAAGACAUUUUACUGCAGGUUGGUCAAAAAAGUUCGCUUUUUGUAAGGAUUCUUUACUGACAAAGCUUGAGGAAAGAAAGGUGGCUUGGUAACAUCAUUCCUUGCCCCUUUGAAAAUGCACAACAGAAGACAACACGAGGUCGGACAUUCCACUAUCUCCAACUUGGAAUGAGCGCGAUGCCAUAACAACAGAAGCUCCCCCACAGACAAACCGCUGCUCAUGGAUUGCUGCGGGUCUCCGCAAUCGUCGCCGGUGGCACACUUCUCCAUUGGGGCCAUUGCGCACGAGAUGUCUUACGGAAACGCAUCUUCCGUCCCCCAUCCGCUUGGAUAUACCUGUUCUCAGCAGAGCCCGGUGCCUUAUUCCGGCGCCGUUCAAACCCCUAGUUUAACCGAGACAGGAUCAAAGCCGGAAAGAAGUGAGAUAGUGGGCGGCGGACUGGUGCGCUUCAACGGCAAAGGGAAGAAGAUUCGCCGGCCCAGAACCAUCUACUCCAGCGCGCAGCUGCAAGCGCUCAACGGGCGCUUCGCGCUGACGCAGUACCUGGCGCUGCCAGAGAGAGCCGAACUCGCUGCGUCAUUAGGGAUCACGCAAACGCAGGCACGUCAAAAUGGCCUAAUCCAUUAACUAUUUAAUUUGAUUUCCAAUGAAAGCAUUUGUUGUCUAUUGCCAGCAGAACAAUCCGUUGUUAAUUCAAUUGAAACUUCUGUUUUGUUGACCUCUUUUUUGUCUCAGGAAACCACAAUCAGUGUACAUGCCUGCAUUUUUGUGAUUGUGUUAUUUCUUUCACAGGUUAAAAUAUGGUUUCAGAACAAAAGGUCCAAGUUUAAGAAAAUCAUCAAGCAGGGACGAGGAACCCUUGAAACCACAACACAAAUAGCUGAACCAGGGCUAUCUGCCACCACACUGCCCAGCACGUCGGUGUGGAACUCCUACCUCACAUCUUACGCGGAUUCCACCGAGCCAACGAUGGUCUCUUACGUAUCCGAGUACAAUAGCUGGUACCAGACAGUCCACCAGGAGGACACUCAGCAUACCCAAUUGAUAUGAACGUUACCUACACAGUUGUGGGACCAUACGUUUGCUCGGACAGUGAGACUUUCAACGAUUCUAUUCUAAUUGAGAAACGGGUUGGGUUUGAUGGUUGUGAUACAGAACACCUGAAACUUUUGUGUUCUCUUGCAAAAGCGUUGUGCUCCCAACCGAUAAUAAUCAGGCCUACAUAAUUUCACAAAACGUCUGCUUUCUCUUGGAACAGAUACAUUCGCUGCGAGGUACCGCACAUAUUUUGCGGGGAAGGAGAGCCCCACAUGUAAGGCAAAGAUAUUUGUGAAGACGCUCAAACCUUUUCACAGGAUAAAAUGCAGCACAAAAUAUAAUUUAUUUCCGUAAUUUAUGACCAUAGGGGCUCAAUGCUGUGACACGUCAGUCAGAAAGCCUGGCUGUUCCACAUUCUGGAGGACAAGGCCUACCUCAAUGAACGCGUAUGCUGUGAUGUAGGCUGACCAAGCUAAUGAACACUGAAUCCUGCAGGCCGUUAUUUUCUGUUAUGACUGUUUCUUUUUGUAGGAUUUUCAAUUCUGUAAUCACUUUAUUUUUCUUACUCUUCUUAAUUAUACGUUGUUUCAGUUUUCUUUCAACACUCAGAAUACUGAAUAUGAUUUGUUGUAGACUACAGAAUUAAAGCAUAACCUAAUAUUUAGCAAUCAUCAAAUAGUGUUUUAUUUCUUCCCAGUGAUGGUGAGACACAAAUGAAUGAAUGAAAAAAUGUACAGCUUUCUUUCAGCAUUCUUUGUGUCAAAUGAAUAUUGUAGUCUAAUUAAAGUAGCCUGUGUGCAUUACUUCAACCCACGGACAUUUGCAAGUGCUGAAAUGAUCACAGUUGACCAUUAGAUUUUGUAAUACUAUAAAGCUUGUUUUAUUAUUA